AAGAAACACCAGCAGAGAUCCACAGGGAAGAAAUCUCACUGCUGCUCUGACUGUGGGAAGAGAUUCACCUCCUCAGCAGGCAUUAAAAUUCAUCAGAGAAUUCACACAGGAGAGAAACCUUUUACCUGUAUUCAAUGUGGGAAGAGUUUUAGUACAUCUGGCCAUCUGACUCUACACCAGAGAACACACACAGGGGAGAAACCUUAUAGUUGUGGUCAAUGUGGGAAGAGUUUUUCUUCAUCUAGCAGUCUGACUCAACACCAGAGAACACACACAGGAGAGAAACCUUAUAGCUGUGGUCAAUGUGGGAAGAGUUUUGGUCAAUCUGGCGAUCUGACAGUGCACCAGAGAAUACAUACAGGACAGAAACCCUAUAGCUGUGAUCAAUGUGGCAAGAGUUUUGUUGGAUCUGGUCUGCUGACAUUACACCAGAGAGCACACACAGGAGAGAAACCUUAUAGCUGUAAUCAAUGUGGGAAGAGUUUUAACACAUCUAGCCAUCUUAUUGUACACCAAAGAACACACACAGGAGAGAAACCUUACAGCUGUGAUCAAUGUGGGAAGAGUUUUACUCAGCUAAGCAAUCUGAUAUCACACCAGAGAACACACACGGGAGAUAAAUCUUAUAGCUGUGAUCAAUGUGGGAAGAGUUUUACUCAGCCAAGCAACCUGACACGACACCAGAGAAUACACACGGGAGAGAAACCGUUUAGCUGUGAUCAAUGUGGGAAGUUUUUUUUAACAUCUAGCCAUCUGAAGAUACACCAGAGAACACACACGGGAGAGAAACCGUAUACUUGUGAUCAAUGUGGGAAGAGUUUUACUACAUCUGGCCAGCUGACUAUACACCAGAGAACACACACAGGAGAUAAACGUUAUAGCUGUGACCAGAGAUAAUCUGAUUAAAGAUCUCUCAUCAAACAUCAAAAAAUACAUGGAGUUGUUUCAUGAUAUCAAUGAAUUAAUGUCACAAUAUAGAAUGUUUUAACAUUGUAGUAGCAGUAUUUGAAUGAAUGUCAGAAUGUAGAACCCUAAACGUUUGCCCCCUGUUCAAUUGAUUUUAGCCUCAGGGGGAAAAUCCAGGCUCUGAAUUGAAAGAGUACUAUUUAUGUGA